CUAAAAGAAAAUUGUGUGUGCAGCCGCAUUUUCCACAUCUUUGACAUGUUCAAGGCUAAACAGCACACAAUUUUGCCAAACGUAAACACUUGCUAAGGUGCAUUGAAUCAACAGACGACAACACAGACCCGCUUAGGCCUUAAGCAUGGACCUGCCCUCGAUGGUGCAACGCUCGGGCGACACACUGAUCGUGCGCAGCGUCGUUAGCGGCAACCAACUGUACAUGGAGCAAGGACACAAUGCAGGCGCCACAGCUGCAGCAGCAACAGCUGCUACAACGCCGCCAGCAGCAGUAGCAGCAGCAGCAACGGGCGGCAGCGCAUUGGAGCAGCAGCUCGAGCGCUAUCACUUGCAACAGUUGCUGCAACAGCAGCAGCAGCAGCAACAACAGCAGCAGCAACAAGCGGCAGCUGUAGCAGCAGCAGCUGCUGUUGUCAACAGCGUGCAACAGCAACAACAGCAGCAGCAACAGCAGCAACACUCACUGGACGCCAAGGAGGAGGGAUUGCCGCAGUGCAAGAUUAAGCGGAAUUACAGCUGCAACCACUGCGCCUACUUUACGCAGAAUCCGCGUUACCAUCUGACGCAUCUGCGGGAUGUGCACGGCGAGAAGAUUGUGAUCAACAAGUGCAAGCUCUGUCUGUAUGCCUCGCGGCACUUCCAGAAGCUGGUGCGGCACAUGAAGAUGGUGCAUGGCUGCACCGACGGCAUCCCCAGCGGGCAUGGGCAGGCGCGCGGCAAGCGCGGCAUGAGCCGUGAGGCGCGCAAGCGGCGACUCGAGGAGAGCGUCGGCGUCAUGGGCGGCCAGGCGCUGGCGGUGCAGGUGCCGGACAUGCCCACCCUGGAGCAAGUGAAGCGCGAGCUGCAGCUGCAGGAGCAGAAACUGCAGCGUGACAUUGAGGCCUUCAAUCAGCGCCAGCGCGAGGAGCAGCAGCUGGAGCUGUACGAGCGUCAGCUGCAGACGCUGCGUGAGCUGGAGACGCGCGACAGCUACGAGCGUCAAUCGUCGCCAGCGGAGCCGCCCACGCCCUCGCCCAGCGGCUCAGCUACGCCGCCGCCGCUGCACUCCGGUGGCUCCGGCGGCGAGGAGCCGCAGAAUCGUCUGCUCAAGUGCAGCGCCUGCGACUACACCACACUCUAUCGCACCCAGCUGCGCAGCCAUGAGCUCGCCGAGCAUGGCAAGACCAAGUUCUUCCGCUGCGACAAGUGCAGCUAUGUGACCCACAUCAAGGCGCGCUUCAGCAAGCACGUCAAGUAUCAUUCGAUGCCCAUGAUCAAGUGCGUCACCUGCGACUUUCGCACGCCCUACAAGUGGAAUCUGGACAGGCACAUGAAGAAUCAUGGCGGCUCCGGCGCCUUCAAGUGCGCCGCCUGCGACUUCACGGCGGACAUCAAGCAAUCGCUAACGGUGCAUGAAAUGAAUCAUCACGUGCCGCCCGUGGGCAACGCUGGCUCCAUUUGGCCACGGCGCCAGAACAAAGUCGGCGCCAGCGAGCUCUGCGAUGAUUUCCUCAGCGACUCUGCCGAGCUCGAGGAUCAGUUCAACAACAAUAAUCUGGACGAUGAGCUGGAGGAUGGCGGCGCUUUGAGUGGCGAGGAGCACUACGGCAAGCGCAGCAAGUACGACGAGGAUGAGGAGCCCACCGAUCUGUCCCAGAAGGGCGGCUGCUCCUCGGACACGUCCAGCGUGGGCACCACCACGCCGCGUGCGCAGCGCCCCGUGCCCAAUCUCAUACCCAUUACCAAGAGUCCCAAGGACGUGCUGAAUCUAUCGAAGGAUACGAACGCCUCGCGCAGUUCGCUGACCGAGAUCGCAUCGCUGUUCUUCAACGAGAAGCAAAUCACCGAGAUGCUGGACAAGUCGGAUGUGCCACAGUUGUCGCCCGCCACGACGGUCACCUCGCAGGCCUCGUCGCGCAGUCUGCUGGCCAAGAAGGGCGGCGGCUUCUUCGACAAGCUGAAGACGGGAGCGCAGCACGACAAUCUCGUCUGCCAGUGUGGACAUGUGGCCAAGUGUCUAUCGGAGUCCAUCAUACACGGCAAGAGCUGCCAGGCGUCGGCAGUGGCGGCGGAUGAGGAUGAUGCGACGCUGCAUGAGGACGACGCCGAUGAUCGCUUGGAGAUCGACGAGGACGACGAUGAUCAUCAGUCGCACUCGGCGCUCAAUUUGAGUGUCACCGGCUCCACACGCUGCCAGCACUGCAGACAUCGCUGCAAGUCCUCCACCGAUCUGCUGCAUCAUCUGCGCCAAUGCGCCGAAGCGAUUCGCUGCGCCAACGAAAUGUACGACUCCAACUCGGGCGAGUCCGGCGAGCGGCGCAACGAUCUGCAGGCGUUGCAGCAACAGGCGGCGCUGCAGCAGCAACGCGUCUGCAUCUGGAACAAGUCCACCAAGGAGAUUGCCGCCGCCGUCGUCCAGCAGCAGGACAAGCUCAGCCUGCUGAGCAAAUCCCCCAGCAGCCAGGCCGCCAGCAAUGAGGAGAACAGCUACUAUGGCGUGGAGACUGCUCCGGGCUAUGGCGAGGUAACCAAAAAGAUGACGCCCGAGGAGGAGGCCGCCAACUCGUCCCUGAAGAAGGUCUACAAGUGUCCCCACUGCAGCUUCUGGGCCUCGACCGCCUCCCGCUUCCAUGUGCACAUCGUGGGCCACCUGAACAAGAAGCCGUUCGAGUGCUCGCUCUGCAGCUACCGCUCCAACUGGCGCUGGGACAUCACCAAGCACAUACGCUUGAAGACCAUCCGCGAUCCCUCGCACAAGACCGCCAAGGUGCUGAUGAACGACGAGACGGGCAGACGCAACUACACCAAGUACAAUAAGUACAUAACCCUGAUGAAGGUCACCGAGGAGGAUGGCGACCCCAAGCUAAUGAAGUCCGGCGAAAUGACGCCCAAUCAGGUGGCCUCGCUGGCCUUCCUCAAGGACUACCACAAGGUCACCGGACAUGACAUCACACUCGAGCCGGUGUCGCCCACCAAGCUCAACACGCUCGACGAUGCGCAGCUGGCGGAUAAUCUGAUACGUCUGCCACUGCUGGCGACGAUGAUGAACGCCGCCAUGGCCAAGCAGCAGCAUCAGCAGCAUCAGCAGCUCGAGCAGCAUCAACAGCAGGAGCAGCAUCACUCGACGAUGAUUACGCCAUCGGUGACCAUCUCGCCAGUGAAGCGCAGCGCGCUCCUGCCCAACAGCAAGCCCAGCGAUGAUCUCAUCACCGAGGUCCAGCAGGAGGGCAGCGAGAAGAAGACAUUCUACAGAUGCCGCAAAUGCAAUUUCAGACAUCACAAUCGCGAUGCGGUGCUGGCGCACGUGAAGAUUCACUACCAGGACGCGAGCAGCUAUGCCAAGUCAGCUGCGGGCAGCAGCAGCACGACGCCGCUGCAGGUGUCCGUGGGCAGCAAUCAGCAGCAGCUGUACAUGAACAAAGUAUUCGCCGCCAUGUGCCUGUCCCAGACGUCGCCCAAUGCGGCGGCGACGGCGGCGGGCACAUCGAACGCGUCGGGUCAGCAGCAGCAGCAGCCAAUGAUACCGGCGGGACUGCUGCAGCGGGCGAUACAGGAGGCGCAGCAUUCACCGACGCCAAAUGCGAGCGCGCUGAGCGGACUGGCGCUGGCUCUGGCGGGCGGUGGAGCGGUGCAAGUGAAGUGUCCAACGAAAGUAAACGCCGCCUCCAUUUUAGAGCACGGUGAGCAGAAAGCGAGUCAAAACGAGGCAAGUGCCGACAGUCUGACGUCGCCCACAAUCACCAACAACAACAACAACAACAACAGCAAUCAGCAGCAGAGCACAAGCUCCAGCUCCGGCAGCAGCGUUAGAUCGCUGCAGGAGCUGCUGACAUCACCGCGCACUAGGCCACAGCAACUGGGUGGUGGCACUAACAACAACAGUUCGGCUAAAAUGAUUGUGGUUAUGGCCAAAACGGAUGCGGGAUCAAACCAGCACCACACCAACUCAACCACCACCACCACCACCAACUCGAACGUUACAUCCAACUCACCUCUGCCAGUAACUACCACUCCUACUCCUAUUUCUACUUUUCCAACUGGUGCUAAGUCCUUGGUUCAUGCUCUGGGUAACAGUCACAGUCACAAUCACAAUCACAGUAACAAUCACAGUCACAGUCACAAUCACGAUUCACAUAACUCAUCAACAGCUGGUGAUGGUUUCUAUACGGCAACGGUUCUAACCCAUGCCCAGCAUACUAAUAACAAAUCCACGCCAGGCUCAAACUCCACCUCAAUCUCCACCUCAAACUCCAUUGUGUCGUCGUCGUCGUCAGCGUCGGCGUCGGCGUCAUGCUCAUCCGCCAGUUCGCCGCACUCGUCGCCGCACGCCGCGACAAACGCUGGCGUCCGUCGCGUCGCCGCCGCCAGCCAACGUUACCAUAGUCCAGGUAGUCCAUCUCUCUUAACGACCAUCAACGACCAAGAUCGACGCGAUCCGUCGCCCUAUCGUUGUGGCCACUGCCAUCAGGUGUCCAAUUGGAAGCAUGUGAUUCAGCGGCACUGUCGCUUAAAGCAUUCCGGGGAUAUACGGAUCGAGACCCUUGAGCGUGGCAACAGCAGCAGCAACAACAACAGCAACAGCAGCGCCAUCUAUCGUCCAUUGGGCGCAGGCGCCAGCAACGAAACCCAAGCGCAUAUCAACAACAGCAACAACAACAACAACUAUAAGAAACAUAAUAAUAAUAAUAAUAUUAGUAGUGCAAGCAGCGCUGCUUUGCUUAGAAGCAAACAGCUGGAGCAGCUGCUGCAUUCGCCUUUGAUUAAUGCAGCCAAUACGCCGCAGGAUCUGCAAGCAGCAGCAGCUUAUUGGGCUGUGGCAUACAAAGCCGCCAACGCUGUGGCCAGCGGCAGCGCUGAGGAGCUGCUGCAGCUGCAGCAAAACGAUCAAAUUGAAAUUACGCGACUGCCGGCAACACAAAGCAGCAGCGCCGCCGCCGCCGCCAGCCAAGCUGAGCACAGCAGUAGCAGCAGCAAUACGAAAAGCAAGCAGCAAAAGUGUCCUGUGUGUCCUUAUAUAUCGGAAAGUAAAUCGCAAAUGAAUUAUCACGUCUCACUGCAUAAGCCAACGCAGUACGAGUGUCCACAUUGCAGCUUUGUCUGCGCCAAGAAGCAGCACCUAAGCUCGCAUUUGCGCAGCGCACAUCAGCAGCAGCAGCAGCAACAGCAGCAGCAGCAGCAGUCCAGCUUGGACUUUAGCGUUGCGCUGCAGCUGGCAGCAGCGAAGCAAGCGCAAACAGCGCUGCCUGCUAUCGACUUGGAGCAGCUCGAUGAGCUGCAGCUGCCGCCCGAAUAUCAAUACAAGCUAAUCAGCUACUGUCCGCGCUGCCCAGCGCGCUUUGCGCAAAAGCACAACGAUGAGCGCAGCGCUCGUGGGGAGCUGGAGGCGCAUCUGGCUGCGCAUGAGCCGACGGCGGCGGAGCUUGACUUCAUCUGCAGCUACUGCGAGUAUCGCGCUGCUGCCGAAACGCUGCUGCAGCUGCAUCGCGCAGUGCACAUGUCGCACUACCAGGAGAAAUGCCAGCAGCUGUAUCGCAACUGCAAGGAGGAUGCAGCUUAUCCGGCGCCCAAGCUGCUGCAGCUUGCAGGCGCCGAAACCAUUUGGCUGGUGGACAAUGAGCUGGGCGCGCAGCUGCUGCGUCAGUCGCAGCUGGAGCAGGCCAACUAUGUUAGUCAAAAUUCGCUGCUCAAGAAGCAGCUAGAGUCGGGUGGUGGGGGUGGUGGCGGUGCCGUAGUGCGCGCUGCCACGCCCACCAAAGCGCAAGAGGCCGAAGAAGAUGAGGAGCGUCAAAGCAGCAGCACGCCCUCGACUAGCGCGUCGGUUGCCACCAGCGAUUUGGCUGCCGAUGGCAGCAGCAGCGAUGCUGCUUCCUCCACAGAUAUGCCGCAGUCAACGCCAGCGCCGCAGCGCUGCCUGCACUGCCCAUUUGAAACAAUGGCGCAUGCAGAGCUUGCUGCGCAUGCGCUGAAGCAUGCAGCGCAGCAGCCGCCAGCCGCGACUGCGCAGCAAUGCGCACACUGCGAUUAUUGCACACCCGAUGAGCUGGAGCUGGAGCAGCACACAGCUGUGCACUUCAAUGCCAGCGAGAAGCUCAAGUCAGUGGAGUUCUUUACGCGCUACGAUAAGCUUGAGAUCAGCAUGGAGCAGCCUGCAGCAGCAGCAGCGCAGCAGCAGCCACAGCAGCCUGAGCACAACAACAACCAAGACAAUGCCAUCAAUGCCAAUGUGCAGGCCACGCAGCUAGCCAGCGAGUCCUGCAAGAAAGCCGCUGAUAGCAGCAGCAGCAGCAGCAACAAGAUUAUUCUGUAUAAAAACGAUGAUCUAAAGGAGCAGCAGGAGCAGCUGCUGCGUAGCGAAAACAUUAGCGAUCGCUUGCGGCGUCGCAGUUUGCGUGGCAGCGCCACGCCCAUGGAGGAGUCAGACAAAAUGAUACUGGUCAAUGCCAAAACGGGCAAGAUAUUAGCCAGAAAGUAGGCGUAGACCACGCCCUAUUUAUAUAGUUUUUUAUUUUAUAUUUGAAAAGCGCACAUUCUUAUUUUACUUUGAUAUUGUUUUGUUUUGUUGUUGCUUUUAUUAUAACUUGGGGUCUUUAGUUAUUGUGCAUUAGUUAUUGUUUUAAGUCACGUUUCUAUUAUUUAGUUGUUACUAACACUUGCACACACACAACACACACACACAGCUGGAACAUGUUCCUGCACUUUAAGUUUAAGUUUUAUAUUUAAUUUUAAUUUGCGCUGCAAAAUCAAAACUCUAACUGCAAAAAUGAAAAACAAAAAACUGAUAUUCAAAAGCGUUUCAAAGAAAUACAACCGUAAAAUUCAAAAUUUAAUUUGUUUUUGAAUAGUAACUGUGAUUAUUGCUAAUUAUAAAUGAAAAACAAAACAACAACAAACAAAAAAACGUAAACUAAACGCAUAUAUCAUGCAAUGAAUAUGGUACUAUAUACAUACUAUAUAAUUAUAUUAUUAUAAUAAGCAGUUGAUUGGCGUUCGAAUCAAAUAUUUAAGAAAUCAAACAACCAACAAUUUACUAUUGUAUAAUAAUUUGCAAUAUUUGCAAUCUUUAUUUUAUAUAAUGCUAGCAAACGCACCGUUACAACAAUUAUGUUUAAUCUUUAAUUUAGUUCUUAAUUUGUAGUUAAAUCUAAACUUAAUGAAAAUAUGAACAUGGUUUUAUUUUUAUUUUUUUCUCUUUUUGUUUUCUUACAAUAAAAUUCAUUGUUUUGUAGCACAGUGUAAGCGUUAUCAUAAACUCUAAGCAAAUGCAAAGCAAAAUAUAUAUAUAAAUAUAUAUUUAAAAUUAAACAAAAAAAAAA